CAGGCAGCCUCCCCGGUCCCGCGCGGGGGCUGCUGGGAUAGCGGCGGGAAAAGCCGCGGCUCGCGCCGGUUCCCGCCGCCGGCGCUGAGGUGAGGGGGGCGGCCGCCAUGUCGCGAACCGACCCCGAGCUGCUCCUGCAGGAGCUGGGCGGCUGGGAUUGGGAGCUCUGCCGCCGGGAACUGCCCGCCGUCCUGCCCCGGCUCCUCUGUAUGUAUCAAGAGUCUGAAGACUGGACUGAGCACAUUCGUGUUCUGAGGAUCAUGACUGAAAUGUUUUUGCCUCAUAUCAGCCUUGCAGAUUUGGAACAAACUUUUUUCUCAAAAGUAUUGCCUAAGACUCUACAGCUGUAUGAUAACUUGAUGUAUGAAUUAUCCAGUGAGGCCAAAGGAUUAACCAGCCAGAAUACAGAGUUAUGCAGUACUGUAAGGAAUCUGUUACAGACUAUAGUGCAACUGUUGGAAACUCUGACCAGUUGUGUACGGUACGUCUGCACGCUGCAAGAGUGUGUGCCUCUGGAGAGUAUCCGCACCCUUCCAUCCUCUGUUCUUUAUGUAAUAAAGAACACGUUUACACAUUGCAAGGACAGUGAAUCAGUGUACUGUGAGCAUCUACACUUGAUUUCUGAUCUCCUGCAAGCUAUGUUCAAGGAAACUUACUCUCUUCAGAAACAGCUGAUGGAACUAUUUGAUCAGAUUUCUGUGGGCUCUGCUUCUGCUGAAGAUAACAUCACAGAUAUGGUGUCAGUGAUCCACACUGUGCUAGAGAUCUGCUCUGUCAUCUCCAAUAUGGACCAUGCACUUCAUGCCAAUGCGUGGAAGUUCAUAAUCAAGCAAAGCCUGAAGCAUCAUUCUCUGCUGCAGUGCCACCUGAAACACAGUGACAUCCUCAGUGGCCUGUGCAAGGAUACUCUUCUUUCUUUUCAAUCCUGCCUGCAACUGGCUGAGGAAAUGAAGAUGUCAGACAUACAGGAGGGCACUGACCUCAGGCUGUUUCAGAAGACUGCCAAACUCUGCAGAUUCUUUGCUAAUUCCCUUGUACACUACACCAAGGAAUUUCUUUCUUUCUUCUCGGAUUUAUGCUCUCAGUUGCAUCAGCUGUUUCUUCAGAUAUACAGCAAAUUUCCUCCCAGCCUCUAUGCUCCAGUGAUCUCAGAGGUUCAUCGAGAUGAAAUAUCCCGUGUUUUUCUUGUGGCUCUAGACCCUCUCAUCAACCAGCUUCUUCCCUUUAGCCCUUUUAUGGAGCGAGUGUUAAGUGACAGUUUAGGUCUUCCUCCUGAGCAGCAGCUGCCCCAGUGUCUCCUCCUGAUUACCAUCAUGGACAAGCUGUCUUCUCAGCCUGAAGAAGUGCAAACCCUCUGGAACACAGGAAAACGCCUGUCUUUUUUCUCAGCUCUUUUCCUCAGUUUCCAGCAAUGUUCUGCCGAGCUUUCUCUCCCUGUUUGUUUGCCAGAGGUGAUUGGCACAGGACAGCCAGCAGUUCCCAUCACCCUGUAUCACUAUGUCUGCAUUCACCUGUGCUCCUACAUUACUUCCACACUCCCAUCACACUUUCCUCAGCUGGAGUAUGCUCUGCUGGAUGCUGUGCUGGGUUCUAGUAUGAUCACAUCUCUGCUAGCAAUAGACUCGUGGUGCUUCCUUGCCCGGUAUGGAACAGCUGAGCUGUGCACUCACCACUGUGUUGUGAUCGCUCAAUUGAUAAAGUCUUGGCCCAAUGAGUGUUAUCAGGUCUCUGCCCUGGGUGUUCUGUUGAGGCGUAUGCUGUUCUUGAUGGCUCCAGAUCAUCAGGUGGAAUUUGCUCAUAAGUUUCUUCCAGAAGAAGUGGAAAACUUGGCUGUGUGGCAGCAUGUAUCCCUCAAGGCCCUGAAUCCUGACCUUGGGAAACGAGUGGCCCAUCAGCUGUGUGUGGCAGGACUCGCACAGUGCAGGCAAUGGCUGAAUAGCAGGCGUGCUGUGGGAGAGCUCCAACCUGUGAAUAUUGCCAUUUCUGUCUUGCUGGCUGCCUGCAGUUUUGCUGGUGACACUCUGGAGGCAGAACUUCAGGCAUCUAUCUUGGGAGUGCUUGGUCAGUUCUGGACUUUUCUUCAGGCUAAGCAGGUCUCAGGUGAGCCGUGUCUCCAGCAAACACUGUGUAUAUUACUUCGUCUUUUGGAAUUUUUCAUCCAGGCAUUAGAUGCUCAAUUAAUCACUCAGGUGUUUGCACUGCAGUCUUCCCUUUUCCAGUUGGAUCCCCCAGAUCAUGUUCGUCUAGCAAUGUUGGAUUUUCUCUCUUCUGUGGGAAAGGUGUUCAUACCCCAAGAAGCACAGAGGCAAGUCAUCCCCCAGUUGUCAUGUCUGUUUGCUUCUCUGCUGGCUGACCAGACGUGGCUUAUUCAUCAGCAUGCGCUGGAGGCAUUCAGACACUUUGCAGAGGAGACAAUCCAUGAAGAUGUUGUUCCUCAGUGCCUUAAUUCAGAAGAAAUUAAGAACAAAGUUGUUAAUUUUAUGGCUAAGGUAAGGCAAGCUGAAGAGACAACAGAAGCACGAAUAGAACGCCUGAAACAAGAAAGGAUUACCUGCAGUGCACAUUUUAUGAAAAUGGCUAGAGAACUGGAGUCAACAGCAGAGCCCCUGGCAAAAAGAGCAUGUCACCCCCCCUCUGAGGAGCAGUAUAAGUCAGCCAUAGGCACCAUAGAGGGGGCGGUAGAGGCUGUGAAGCUGCUGCUCCAGAAAGGGUCACCCCCGGCAUGGCUUGCAGUGAAACUGGAGGCUCUACACACAGCUAUGGCCGACCUCAGAGACAGUAUACGGUAAGGCGCUCAGCGGGCUUCAGUGGUGCUGCCAUAGCUCCACUCCCUGUUCUGAGGAAAACUGCCUUUGUACCAUGAACGCUGGAGAAGAACGAACUACGACACAGGGCGAUGGAUGCUCUGCUGUACUGCUAAGUCUUGGUUAGUAUGCCCAAAGGAACUGAGGCCCAUCUUUUAUUUGUAAUAACUGGCUGGAUGAGUGGUAUGUUUUAAUGGACACAAUUGUGCAGCUGAGCUGUCACUUUGUAUAUUGCCACUGUAUAGCUUACUCUUUCAAAUGCCUGUAUGAUGAUAAACAUUGAAUGAAAUUGUAUUUUGAAUGCUGAGGUGUUUGAAUGUGUUGUAAAAGUAACAGGUGCAGUUGUUCCUGUCACAUACAGGUAAUAAGGCAAUAGGUGUUUUUAUAUUAUUUUUUAAAAUACACUUAAGAAUA